AAUUGAUAACAGCAUUCGUUGUCGAAUUCGUAUAUUUACGUUAAUUUUUUUAUAUUUUGUAACAGAAAAUACGAAAAAUCUAAAAUCUGUUUGUAUAAUAUAUUUCAUUAUACAUUUUUAAUUUACCUUAUUAUAGUGUAUUAAUUUUGUAUGUCCAAUAAAUAAACUAAACAUGUCAUAGGUAUUUCAAUUAUGAGUGAUAUAGUUGAUCUCACACAGUCACACUACAAAACUGGUUAAUUACAUUAUAAUAUUAAACCUACAUCUGUAAAAGAUGUCUACUCAUGGAAAUAUUGGUUUAAAUUUACAAGAAAAUAGUCCUAAUAAACUAAAUGAACCUAAAAAUAUGAUUCAUACAUCAGAAGCCAUAAUUAUAGGAGAUACAUGUAAGCAAAAAUGUAGACCAAAUUUACCUACAGUCAAAGAUACAAUUCAAAUUUUAAAUAAAACAAUUAUAAGACCAUCAAUUCCCACGAUCAAUGAAACUGUUCUGCUUAAUAAACAAUGUAUGCUUCCAAAAAAUAAACCAUCCAAAGUUGAUAAAAUAGUAUUAAAUAAUUUUGUUGAAGAGAAUACAACUGAACAAAAUACCAAAGCUAUAGAAACAAAAUUAUAUAUUGAAAAAAAAAAAAAAGAAAGAACUACAAAAUGUAAAUUAGAUUUAUUAGAGAAAAAAAAGUUGGCAGAAGAACGAAAAAAAAAAUUAGAUCAGUUACAAAAAACUACAAGAGAACUAGCUAUAGCUUCUAGUAAGAAAAAGAAUAUCCAUGUUCAAGACAAAUGUAAAAUUGGUAUUAAUUUACCAACUGAAUCAAAUGAACCUAAAGUGGAUCAAACAUGGUCACCUCCGCCUAAAGUUAAAAGUGUUAGAAAACCACUAGAAGCUCUUAGAAAUGUUCAAAAAAUUGGUAUUAAUUUACCAACUGAAUCAAAUGAAUCUAAAGUAGAUCAAACUUGGUCACCUACCCCCGAAAUUAAAAGUUUUAAAAAAUCAAGGGAAGCUCUUAAAAAUGUGCAAAAAAAGUCAAUAAACAGUUUUAAAAUUACAGAUGAAUGUUCAAAUGAUACCAAAGAUAUUAUAAGUACAUAUACAUCUUCAAAAAUAUCAAAAAAACCAAGUGAAAUGUCAACAACAAAAUUAAUAGACCCAAAACCUCAAAUACGUGAUGUUACCAAACCCGAAAAUUUAUUUUCUAAAUUAAAAUUCAAUGAUGAUUAUCAAUUAUUUGGUAAAAAUUUAUUUGAUAUUUCGAUGCCUAAACUAAUUGAUACUGAUACUGAUUUUGUUGGAAAAAAUAAUGAAUCGUACCAUGAUGACAGAAAACUACAAGGUGAUAGUACUCAUUUGAAUAGAGAGACAUUGACUAUGCCUGACAUUGAUUUGAGAAUAAAGCCUUUGGAUAUUAAAAAUAAUAGUGCUAAAUCACACACAGGCUUACAGUUGCCUAUUAGAUCUCAUAAGGAAAUUAUGAAAAGUAUUGACAAUCUAGAAGAGCUUCAAGAGUUAUUGUUCAAUCAGUGUUUGCCAGUUAAAAAUAAUUAUUCAGAAUCAACCCAAACUGAGAAUCUUAAUAAUAUAUUAUCAUUCUCUACUUCAAAAUCUCUACCGCCUCCAAUGAAUUUUAUUUCAGUAUUAAAAUGUAAACAUAAUUUGCAACAAUCAGAAAAAAAUAAUUUGGAAUUCUAUGUACCUGCUGCUGAUUUAAAUAUGAGCGAAUACACAUUAAAAAAUAAUUUGUAUCCUAAUAAAAUCAAAAAUGUUGAACCUACUGAAUUUAAUAAAGUAGAUGUAAAUUGUUGUGAUGAAGAGGUAAAUUUACCAGAUGUUCACCAUAUUGAAACAAAAAACUGUUUAGGUAGCUAUAAAUCUUCAUUAAUUGAUGAACCAGUUAAACCAAAGUCUAAUAACUUAUCUUCGAUUGAAAAUAAUAAUUGUGAAGAAAAUAGAAAUAUAAUAAAUAAUGACAAACUAUUUACUAAGUUGAAUAUAAUAACAAAUGAAGAUAUUAAACAAGUUUUAAAAAAACUUAAUUUCAACUUUGAUUUGUUGCCAAAAAACAAUUAUUGCAAUUCAAAUAAUUUACAUAACACUUGCAUAAAUUUAAAAUUUGAUGAAAAUAAUUCAAAUAAUAAAUCAUCACAUUGUUUUCCUGAAAUCCAUGAUGAGUUUCAAGCAGAACUUGAUACACUCGACCAAUUAAAUGACUCUUUAUGUGAUAUUGAAAGAAUGAGUUGCGACAUGUCAAUUAAAUCUAACGAACAAUCUAUUGAACUGAAUGAUCACUGUAAUUCUAAUGAUAUUGAUUUUCCUACACCAUUUUCCAAAUUAAAUGCUUUAUCGUCAAAUAUGAUGUGUGUAGAUAAAACAGUAACUGGCUUUUCUAUUCAAAUGUUUGAACAAUUAAUUAAGGAUGAAGAACUUAGGGCCAAACAACACCGUACUAUACUUAGUUUAAGGGAAAAAUCUUUAACUAAUCGCUUGAAGUGGGAAGUUACUAUGUAUGACCUUCAAGUGAAAAAUUUAAAAAAUAGACCGGGUCAUGAAAAGCAAUUUCAGUUGUUCAAACAAAAACAAAGAGGUAGUGUUAAAAAGUUGGAACACUCCUUAUCUCAAGUAAAACGACUUGGUAGAGUAAUAGAUUCAGUAUAUAAUCAGCGUUUUAUAAUGCUUGAAGAACAUUUACAACAUUUAAGAAACAAAUCAUCUUCCAAAAAAGUAAUACGUAAAUUAAAAAGCUUGGAGCAAUUUCCAAAGAAAGAAGAACACCCUUGUCGGUCACCUAAUUCUCAUGUUUUUAAACAAUUUAAUAAGUCUGACUGUUUUGAUACUAACAAUAGUGAAUGUGACAAUGUUAAUCCAAUUGAAUCAAAAAAUAAUACAUCACCAAUGAUGUUUGAAUUGGAUAAAUCUAAAAUCAUUUUGAGAAACCAAGCAACUUCUCCUAUCAAUAAUGAAACAAAUAUAUUGAAUCAAGUUCAAAAUAUUGAAGUUCAAACAGAUGUUAAAUGUUCUUCACAGUCUGUCAAUGAUAAAUCCAUACAAACUUCUAAAACAAAAUGUAACCGCAUACAUAAUGAAAAUAUAAAAUUAUUUAAUCAAAAUGAUUUUCCUUAUAAAAAUGAAAUGUUUGAUGCAAUUAAAACUAAGGAUAAAAGAUCAUUGUCACCAAUUUUACCUUCAAGUCCUGUUAAACUGCGGAAAUAUCUUACGGAAACAUCGAUAAGUACAAAUUCAGAACAGAGUGACCUGGAUACACGGAUAUUAUCUUUACAAGAACAACUUGAAGCUAGAAAGUUAGAAUCUUUUAGAUUGAAAAAAGAACAAAAAAAACUUAAAUUAGAGAAUCUUAAAGCUAAAGAACAAGAACUUUUGAAACAGAUAAAUUUGUAUGACAAGAAAAUUGAAGAAUCAAGAAAAAGUUUGAUGGUUGAAAUAAAGAAAAAAAAUAUGCACGUACCAAAAUCAUCAAUGAAAAACGAUUCUUCUUCUUCUUCAACAAAUUCUAGUUGUUCUGUUCUUCAAAAUAUAAUUAAUUAUGAAAAUGAUCAUAGUCAACAUAUGUACAAAUCCGAUAAAAUAACACGGACAGAUGGGAAGAAAUAUUUCUAUCCAAUUACUACCAAUGAGGAAUGUGAUCAUAGUAUAUCUUUAAAUAAACCAGUAAAUGAGUUACAAAAAAAAAAUGUUUAUAAAUCAAAAGAAAAUUACAAUAUGCAUACAGAUAAUAUUGAUAGUUAUAAUUGUAUAGAACAAUCAUUUCAAUCCUUAGAGACAAUUCCUGUUUGUAAAGGUGUACAGUUACAUGAAAAACACACUGCAAAAGAAGUAAAUGCUUCAAACAAAUCACAUAAAAUUGAAAAUGAAGUAAAUAUUUUUUUUGAAUCCCAACCACAGAAGACUUUAGACAUUCAUACAUCAAAUGAUCUCAAAGUAAAUUUUAAGGAAGAAACUCAUUCAUGUGAAGUAAACGAAAUAAUUGACAAUGGUAUAAAUUUAGAUAUUUCUUUAUGCAAGUAUUCUAACGCAAAUAAAAUUAUGUCAGAAACUUCCAAUAACCAAGAAUUAUACCUAGAAACAGAUAAAAAAAAGUCACUGAUUAUUCAUAACAAUAUUAACAGCUUUAAUACAAGUUCAAUUUCAUCUGAUAGUGGUAGUAUUCAAAGAAAUCUCAUCGUUAUUUUAAAUGAAAAUGAUACUGAUGUAUGUGAAAUGCAGAAAAACGGUGUCAGUCAAUUUGAGGAUCCUAAUUAUAAAAUUGGAUUAGAAGAUAUUUACAGUCCAGAUUUUACAUCCGACGAGUAUACAUCAGAAUUUCAAGGGUCAUAUCAAUUUAAUAAAAAUGAUAGUAUAAUAGAAUCAAAUGACAGUGUACAAAGUAAUGAAACUUCUUAUGAAGAAGAUAGAAGUGAAGGAGAAAUAAUAUUUGAGGAUAAAACAUUUAUUGAACAGUAUUCAGAUGGUCAUGGUGAUUUUGUUCAAAAAGAGAAUUAUACUGAUGAUAAAGUUCAGGUUAUUACUACUAACAUUUUUAAUUAUCUUCUGAAAGAUACAAAAAACUCAUUAAAAUUUAACAUGAAUAAAUCAUUAUUUCGUUCAGAGAAAAAUGAUCUUAAUAAUUUAACUGAAGAAACUCCAUUGUUGUUGAUCUUAAAACGUGAAGAAGAGAAUCAAAACCGGAUUAUUCUCUCGGAGCAAGCAACAAUUAUUUCAGAUGUACUUUUCAAGAAGCAUUUACAAACUCUUUUUCCCAAAAUUCUACAAAUGUACUUACCUAAAUUGAAUGAAAUAGAAAUGGAAAAACUAACAGUUUAUUUAAAGUGGUCUUCUACUAAAAAAAAAAAGUUGAAAUUAUCAGAAAGUUUAAUUUUUCAACACAAAAUUGAUGUUGACAAUGAAAAUUCAUUUGAAAUGUUUUAUCAAAAGUAUCUAGAGCAGAAAAAACCUCCGACUUUCCAAGAUGAAAGUAAUGAUGAUAUGCUCAGUCAUACCCAACAAGAAGCAGAAAAGUUAAAACAAGAACAAAUACGUAUUGAAGAAGAAAUUGAACGUCUUCGCAUGUCGGAAGAAGUACAAUUUUUUCUAAGAGAAAUACCUAAUAAGCCACCACCCCCCUAUAAAAGUCCCACUAAAAACAAAACACUUAUUGACAUACCUUAUACAUCUGAUGAAGUUCACGAAAUAAUUUUGACAGCUGCUAAUCAUAUAUUCAAUGGUUCUCAUAGUGCAUUAUCAAACGAUUAUAUUAUAGAUUCAGAUUCAAUUGUACAUGCUGAUUAUAAAACAUUAAUUUUUGAUUACUGUAAAGAAAUUGCACUAGACUUAUUUAUUGACGAAACAUAUUUACCUUUAUGGAAGAGAUCUAUAAAAAGAUUGAAACAUUUUAGGGCAAGACCAAGAAAUCCUAAAGAUUUAAGUGAUAUAGUUAUAAAAAAAAUUAAUCAGAUUAUUGAUAUAGACGAGUGUGAAGAGAAAGUAAAUAAAUUUGUAGUGAAACAAAUGUAUGAAGAAGACAGUAAAUGGACUGAUUUUCAAAUGGAUGAAUUGGAAAUACAAAAUGAUAUUGUUCAAAAUUUGAUGAAAAAAUUGGUUUGCGAUACUAUCUCAAGUACUAAAACUAAUUUUUAUUUGAAAUUUAUCUAAGAGAAUUAUUCCUUAGCUUAGUUGAUUUUAUAUACCUAUUAUAUUAUAUAAACUAAUUUUAUGUAUAUUAUUUAUAUAUAUAUUUGAAAUAUUUUUUUACAUUUAUAAUUGCAAUUAUGUUUUAUUUUAUUUAUAAACAACUUAAUGUUAUUAAACGUUUAUUAUUUUUAAAAAUGUUUCAUUCUUGGAAUAAAAAUACAAUUUGUAACCGUAUACAUCAAGAACAAUUAUUCAACAUAUCAUAAUAUAUCCACUAACAGAAAAAUAAAUUUACGCAGCAUAUCUUUCAGUUGAAGGCAGUACAGCACGCCUAUACUGCUAUGUUAACCAAUAUUCACCCACUAUUAGUACCCUUUUAAUAACAACCUUUAAUUAAUAUAAAGAAUGUCACAUACAUUUUUUUACGAGUCCUAAUUAAGCAUUAAUUAUAGAAUCUGGUAAAAAUAUAUG